AUGACUGAUAAACAUAUUGAAAAUACGAAGAAUAACAAGACUGCCCGUCUUCAAUGUAAGUUUUUCAUCCAAAAGAAGAAUAGGCAAUGUGGCAUGACUAGACGGGCUGAUGAAGACUACUGUUCCGAGCAUUCGAUACUCAAUAAAAGACUGGCCAACAAAUUGGUCCAUAACAGCCCUAAUGAUCAUGCCACCGAUUUACAAAGAAUACCCUGUCCACUGGAUCAGAAACACACAAUAAAGAAGUCUCAAUUGAAAAAACAUCUCACCAAAUGCAAUAAGUUUAAACUGAAACACUCAAACGAUUCAAACACGUUUUAUAAACUGGAUCUCAACACCGCACAAUCCACCCCAUCGUUGCCUAAACCAUCUCUUUCUCCAGAUACUUUGAAUAAAACUGUGGACUUGUUGUACCAGUUCUUCAAAUCGGGUGAAAUCAAUGAGUUAUCCACCACUGUGAAGUUCAAUAAGUUUAUGACCGAGACAAGGGUAAACACUCUUUCUAAUCAGAAACAUGCUAUCCAACAAAGUUCUUUGAUACAGAAUCUCCUGGAAUACAGGUACAAAGAUAAACUUGAAACAGAUAUCAGCACAACUACACUAGAGAGAAACUUGAAUGUAUUGGAGUUUGGAUGUGGUAAAGCAGAGUUUUCAAGGUAUUUCAAUCAGGUGAUCAGAGAUGCCUCCGCAGAUGUCUCCAGAUUGUCUCCAUAUUUCCCACGUUUCCGAAUAAAUAAUUUCCUCUUUAUCGAUAGAGGGUCAAAUAGGUUGAAAUUUGAUAGUAAAAUCCUAUCAGAUUCCAAUGGUUCAAACCCGCCUUUUAUCAAAAGAUUGAAAAUCGAUAUUAAAGACCUGUAUGUCGACGACAUAUUAUCAAGGGACCCCUUUUCUUCAAAUAAAAACAUCCUCAUUUCUAAACAUCUAUGUGGUGUCGCAACAGAUCUGACUUUGCGUUGUAUCGCUAAUAACCCACUGUUACUCGACUCACUGGAUUCCAUCUGUAUUGCUAUGUGUUGCAGACAUAUAUGUGAUCCAGACCAAUACAUUAAUCCACGCUUCUGCACCGAUCUUUUGAAAAAAUUCGGAAGUACUUUGACCUAUCAUGAAUUCUUUCUGACCUUGACUAAAUUAUGUUCCUGGGCAACAAAUGGAAAACGACCCGGUGUUCAAGAUUGUGAUUUGGUGGAACUGACAGAAAAUAGGUUUGUUACUGUUAAAGAAAGAGAGACAAUCGGCUUGAUGGCAAGAAGAGUUAUUGAUGAAGGUAGGUUACAAUGGGUUAAACAAAAGUUCCCACAUUCAAAGACAGAUUUAAUAAAAUACGUAUCUAAGGAUAUCUCUUUAGAAAAUGUUGCAUUACUUUUAUCAAAAUAA